CUGGGACGCUUAUAGCGUAGCAUGAAAAUAGAAAUCGUAUUCAAAAGCAUAAACCAUUUUCGAAAAGUUGGUGUCAUCGACCCUUUGAACUUAGUGUACAAUUAGGGGGUGCAUGUCCGACGAGCUAGCGAGCGUUAUCGCUUGCCAUAGAUUCGAUUUCAUUGACAUUUACCAUGUCGCGAAAUGGCUCUGCAUAUAGAACAUCCUGCGGUUCGUAAUUUACCGAAGUUAGCGUUAGAAGUACAGUGUCUGCACAAGUACUCAUCAGCGAUGAAGCUUUUCGAAACAGUACCCUUGGGCCAUCGGCCUGGUCUCGCCGCUUUCGUCUAACGCAGUUUCGCUAGCUCGAACGACAAGGCCAAGUGAGAGCGAGUUGUUAGGGGCGCAGCGUUACCUUCUACGAACUCAGCGUGGCUACACGCUAAUUCGCAACCCGUGCGCAGCUCGUUCUACUUGUAGUCAGUGAAACAUGCAUUAUCGCAUGCGUGGGGGCGGGCAAUCGUGUCCACGUGGCUGCUGCAUGAAGCAGAAAUCACGAAAUACACAUUGACAGAAACAUAUUCGGCACAUUUAUUCAGACCUCGUCAUAAAGAAUCGACGGAAAUGCCAAGGAAUAGACGUAAAGUUUAAAACAUUCAUUGCGCGAUCACUGCGAUAUUUAUGACGAGUGACUACUUGUCGUGAGAUAUAAAAUAACACGAAACGGUCGCGUGUAAUUAGAGUUGUGUCCGUGCAAUAGCAAUCAAGAUAUCCGUAUUGAUCGUGCGAAAAGCUGGUGAUAUGCUGGUUGGAUCUACAACAGCGGCUACCAAAUAAUGCAUUUGCCGUAGGUGACCUAAUUGGGUCAAGCCUUUGGGAGUGCCUCUUGCGGCUCUCAUUCGAGACUUUCUGUUGUUGGCUUUGGCAAAUUCUUAAUCGCUGAUGAUGUAUAUGAGCUCGACGAAGGCCGGCCUUGUACCAAAUCUGUCCGUUAAAAAUGGACGUCAUCGGCCCUAGGGCUCCAGAUGCUCGCCCCUGCUGGUACACCACGGGCUCUUCAGAAUGUGGAGCCCGUGUCGUUCGAUGUAGUGAUUUACAUAUGUCAUCUAGUGACACCAAAGGACUGGACGUCGGCAUUCGCAGUACUUCCCUAUCCGGCGCCUCCUGCGAACGGUUCUCGAACACUUCCGACGUUCCUUUCGACGGUCCCUAUGAUAAUUUGCACAGAUCAGCGAGCCGGGAAAGGCUUCUGGCUGACGUCCGCGGAGCGGCCACUUCAGCCAUUCUUCUAGUUGCCGUAGUUGACGUCCUUGGACCCGGCGAAACACGCUGCGUUCGCACCCACAAACCGGUAAUUCGGUGGCGUUCCAGAGGCGAGUCUCCCCAAGACGGAAGCUUUGGGGAAGGGCUUCUUGCCACGUUGGGACACCCCGGCCUGUCGCGUUGUCUUUCAAGUUCCUCGAGAACCGCGCUGCUAACCCGUGGAUCCUCGAAGCUGGCAGAAGUGUCGGGUUGACGCUUGGCGCCGCUGGCUACAGCCACGUCCUCUGUCGGUGACCUUGAACUUCGCUCAAGAGAAGGCCUUGAAUGUUGAGGACUGGCACCGCGAGAUCUCGAAUAUAGUACGCUUGCACAAGCUUUUUCUUCGCCGGACAAGCUCUUCGAUAUAGCGCUGUCGGACAUAGCCGAAUGUCGAGUGUGAAGCCUAGGGAGGUGUGCUUCCGUUUGACCAGUCGCUGCGUCAGUGUGCAAUACGGAUCAAGUUUCGCGGUGGCGCUAGGGGCAGUGCUCGUCAGAUCCUUAAAAAGUGUGUUGCACCUACUCCCCCUGGUUAUUACCAGGGCCAGCGCUGACGCGCAAGUUUCAAGUGGUGUCCACGUGACAUACACCAACUUCUUUCUUUCCUUCAGUUGCCCUCACCGCUAUCUUGGUGGCACCGAGAUCUAUACGUCGUUGUUUCACCAGGGAGCAAGUCUAUGCUUCAAAGCGACUUGCUUCCUUGGAAACAUGAAGGCUCGCAUCGAAGAUCGCGUCAUCUACUCACCGUACCCGUCCAUCGACAUCCCAGUAUGCUCGUUUUAUGCCUUGGCAAAAGAGAAGUUGCUGAUUAACCCCAACAAGAUAGCGCUGGUCGACGAUAAUCUCAGCCUCACACGUGCCGAGCUCUUGGCUAGCAUGCAGCGCUAUGCGAUCGGUUUCCUGCAGAAUGGCAUGCUUCCGGGCGACCACGUCUGCAUUCACGUGAACAACAGUGUGGAAAAUCUGAUAGCCAUGUACGGCUGCAUCCUAGCGGGGGCGAAAGUUUUCCUGGCCAGUGCCUUGCUCACCGAACAUGAGCUGCGCUACCAAGUGGAAGACGGUGACUGCGUACACGUCAUCACCGACGAGCCGAAUGCCGAGAAGGUUAGGAAAGUAUUUGCCAGCUUAAAGGUAAAGGGACGAUUCAUCGUGGGACAAGCAGCCGACUUCUUCUCUACCUCCGAAUUUUCGAAGAUCGAUGAAAAAGUGUUCCGCGAGUGCCCCGUCGUCGAUCCGAAAAACACCGUUCUUGCUGUGGCCUACACAUCGGGAACCACUGGCAUGCCCAAGGGCGCUGAGAUGACGCACUACGGUUACGUGGCGUGCUUCUACACAUGCAGGAUACACGUGCCCUGGGGAGAGCCAGACAUCCUUCUUGGUCUGAGCCCUAUCACACACCAGGCGGGCAUGCUGUGCGGCAUGAUAGCUAUCCUUUAUGGCGUAACCUAUGCACUUGCGCCAGUGCACACGACGCCUCUGCAAAUCAUGGAUGCUGUCGACAAACACAAGGCGACGGCAACACAGAUGUUCCCAAGCCAACUCCAAGUUCUGGUGCGCGAAAUGCGGCGCACUGGUAGAACGCUGCCUAGCGUGCGAGCCAUCGUCGUGGGUGGCACCUUCUUUUCGACAUUGGUGGCCGAAGAAGCUCGUAAAGUGUUUGGUGGUCUUGAGGUCCUGAUGCAAUCGUACGGCAUGACCGAAGCGGGUAGUCUUGUUACUUCACAGCCUAAGAACAAAGAGCUCAGCGUGAGCGCUGACGUGGGCUUUCCUACUACGAAUGUCGCAGUAAAGGUAGUUGAUGUGCUCACGCGUGAGAAACUGGGUCCCCACCAGACAGGCGAGGUCUGCUAUCGCACAGAGUCGAUGAUGAGCGGAUACUACAAACGACCGAAAGAAACCGCCGAUCUUGUUGACGAGGACGGUUGGAUCAAGUCAGGUGACGCUGGCUACUACGACGAAGACGGCCGGCUCUAUAUCGUCGAGCGCCUCAAGCAAAUUAUUAAGUGCAUGAACUACAUCGUGAUUCCCGCCGAAUUGGAAGAGCUUCUUCUCCUCCAACAUGCGUCUGACAUCGCCGAGGUGUCAGUUUUGGGAAUGCCGCAUCCCGACUACGGAGAGGCAGCCGCAGCUGCCAUGGUGCUCACACAAGAGGGCCGUCGGCAGGACCGAAAGCUGCUCGCCGAAAAGAUAAAAGCAACCGUGGCGAGUACCCUUGCUUUACACAAGCACCUAUAUGGCGGUGUCUUCUUCAUGGAUUCACUACCAAAGACGGACACCGGAAAAGUUUCCAGAGCCACUUUGGCUCGCUGUCUCGCCCAGUGCUAGUAAGCACAUGGCCAUCUACCUGAUACUGACCGGUCCAACAUGUGCGCUCGAGAUUUCCACUGCCGAUGGGA